CCGAGAUCCGUCAACAUGAGCCUCUUCCCGCAGGCUGGACCCAUAUUGCUCGCCAAAAUGACACGACAGGUGGAUCGGGGAUGACUGGAUGUCGGUAGGGCGCUAGGCAGCCGAGUGGUAUAUAGCAAAAGAGCCGCCCUGCCUGCCGCCCUCCCUUUCAGCAGCUCCCACCCUCUUCUAUUUCGUGUCGACACCACACCAACACACAGAAAUUAACCAUGCCUCUUCCUGCUGGAGUCUACCGCGCGGACCACGUCGGGUCCUUCCUUCGCCCCAAGGCCAUCCUCGAGACCCGUGAAAAGGUCGAGAGCCAGGCCGCUACCGCCGAGGACCUGCGCAAGGUUGAGGACGAGCACAUUGCUACUGUCGUCCGGGAACAGAUCGAGAACGGCCUCCAGUCCGUGACCGACGGUGAAUACCGCCGCGCGUGGUUCCACAUUGACUUCCUGCAGCAUCUGGCCGGUGUCGAGAAGCGCGGCCAUGUCACGUCUACCAACGUCACGUCGCACGGCAUGACUCCUCCCCGACUUGUUGUUGUCGGAAAGCUGGGCCACCCGAACCCCAUCCAGGUCGACGACUUCAACUACGUGAACAAGCAGGUGGAGGCGGUCAAGGCCUCCUCAGGCGCCAGCCAGACCGUCACCGCCAAGGUGUGCAUUCCCAGCCCGACCAUGGUGUACUUCCGCGGCGGCCGCGACGCCAUCGACGCCGACGCCUAUCCCACCCUCGAGCCGCUCUUUGACGACAUCGCCAAGGCCUACCAGGCCGAGCUCGACGACCUGUACGCCGCCGGCUGCCGUUUCGUCCAGCUGGACGACACCAACCUGGCCUACCUCUGUGACGAGGGCAUGAGCAAGGAGGCCGCGCAGCGCCACGGCAAGACGCCCGCUGAGCUGACCCAGCAGUGCGUCGACAUCAUCAACGCCUCCAUCAGCAAGAGGCCCAAGGACAUGACCAUCGGCAUCCACCUGUGCCGCGGCAACUUCCGCUCGCAAUGGUUUGCCCAGGGUGGCUACGAGCCCGUGGCUGAGACCCUCUUCAAGGGCCUCAAUGUCGAUGUGUACUUCCUCGAGUUCGACGACGCGCGUUCCGGCGAUUUCUCUCCGCUCCGUCACCUGCCCGAGGACAAGAUUGUGGUAUUGGGCGUCAUGUCGAGCAAGAAGGCCGAGCUGGACGACAAGGAGGCCAUGAUCGAGAGGUUGAAGGAGGCCGCGGGAUACUGCCCUAGGGGCCUGGAUCAGCUGUGCUUGUCGCACCAGUGCGGUUUCAGCUCGACCAAGGAAGGAAACGAUUUGACAGUGGAGGAGCAGUGGGCCAAGGUGCGCCUCGAGGUUGAGAUUGCGAAGCAGGUCUGGGGUGACGAUCUGUCGCAGUAAGCGUCUGUCUACUUUGAAAAGGAGGUAAAAAAAAUUUAGAAUAUUUGGAUGCAUUGGCUACGAUCCACGCUUUCAUUUUCCUAAGAUGCAUAGCAGUGAAGAAAUAGAUGGAUGGCAAAAUACUGCGUGGGAGAGCUGACCAGAAAUCAAACCUCGAUGCUUUUUCCCUCAUCGAAUGGGACCUAUGCUCUACUUAGUACUAAGAUGCAUCAACCAAGAUCGUUCGUUUCAUUGAGAAUUGGUGCAGCACACCACACCACUCGAACACCAUCCGACUGA